AUGGAUGAUCUAGCUCUCCUUGACCUGUUGGAGUGUCCUGUGUGCUUCGAAAAGCUCGAUGCCACAGCGAAGGUGCUGCCUUGCCAGCACACUUUCUGCAAGCCCUGUCUGCAGAGGAUCCUGAAAUCCCAGAAGGAGCUCAGGUGCCCCGAGUGCAGGACCCUCGUCCUCUGCAGCAUCGAGCAGCUGCCCUCCAACCUGCUCCUCAUUCGCCUCCUGGAUGGAGUCAGGUGCGGACAAAACGUUACCAGGUUUGGCUCGAUCCAGAGGUCGGGGGUCCUGUCGUCCCCUGCCUCCAUCAGGAGAGUCCCCAGGGGGUUGCAACUUCAUCAGCAUCGGCUGGCGACAAAUCCCAGGAUCCACAUGGAAGGGGUCCCGCGAGCCAAGGCCCUGUACACCUACCGAGGACACAACCCCGGGGAGCUGAGGUUCAACAAGGGGGACAUCAUCGUGCUGCUCCGACAGCUGGAUGAGAACUGGUACUUGGGGGAGAUCAACGGGGUCAGCGGCGUUUUCCCAGCCAGCUCCGUCCAAGUCAUCAAGCACCUGCCCCUGCCAGCACCCCUCGGCAGAGCACUCUACGGCUUCGACCUGAGGAGCAGGGAUAAGACCGAGACCAAGGACUGCCUGACGUUUCACAAGCGGCCGGUUGUCACCGUACGAAAUGACAAAGAUUGGGCAGAGGGAGAGGCAGGCAACGAAGCGGGGACCUUCCCCUCCUUCUUCUUCCAGCCAAACACCACUGCAAGGCAGCUCCUGCAGACCAGCAAAAGCCACUGGUCCCCUCAGUUUAAGUGCGCAUCCCUACGAACGGCGUCUCCCAAAGCGAAGGGCACAGACUCGCCAGCUUUCCCCAAGGUGCCCGACUCCAGGCGGAAGAGCCUGCGGCAGUUCUCCAUCACCACCGCCCUGAACACCCUCAACCGGAUGGUCCACGCGCCCGCGGAGCGGCAGGCGCUGGAGAUCAGCUCCCCCGUGCUCAUCAGCUCCAGCAACCCCACCGUGGCCACCCAGAGCAGCGAGAAAGUGGAGUUUCCCUACAGCACCCCUCUCCAGGUCAGCACAUCCUACUACCCUGCGCCAGGAUCGUUGGGGCACUCGGCAGCCAUCGUCACUCUGCCCCACCUGCAGCACCACAUAUCAGCUUAUAUGUGCGUGGCUCUCCAUUCCUACGCGGCUCACGGACCGGACGAGCUGGAGCUGCAGAAGGGAGAAGGGGUCCGCGUCUUUGGGAAAGACCACGACGGCUGGCUGCGGGGCAUGUCCCUCGUCACGGGGAGAGUGGGGAUCUUCCCCAGCAACUACGUCGCUCCCCUCUUCAGGAAAUCUAAUCUCUCUGACUCGAAGAUGCCUUCCCUGUACACCUCAUGGACGCUAUCGACCUCCUCGCUCUCCUCUCAAGGGAGCAUCUCAGAGAACGGCCUGAGACAAAGCAGACCCCUGAAAGCGGCGCUGCUGCCCGUGCCCGUCCCCUCGCCCGGGAGGAGCAUGGCCACAGCGGCCUCGGGACAGGCAUCGCUGCGGCGCGGACGCGGCAGCACCAGGAAGAAUGGAUCCCUGCAGAGGCCGGGGCAGGCAGGGACCCCCGUGCAGGUUGCCGGCUCCCUCCGGCGUCCUCCCACGGCUGCGGUGCGACCUCAGCAGUUUCAGCUUUAUCAGCACGUCAGCCCCCAGCCGCUCGGCAUCCCUCCGGGAGCUGGCGUGGCCGAGGCAGGAACGAGGCCAAACUUCUCCCACGAUGCUUCGCCGGCACUUGCGGUCAGAGGAGCGGAAAGCAGAACUCCCUCUGUGUGCAGCUCGGUGAUCCUGGAUGCCAAAGACCCUCCAGCAAAGAGCGAGGCAGCUCCAAAGCCGCCUGCGUCAGCCCCGCCAUCCAUCCUGGUGAAGCCAGACACCUCCCGCAACAGCGCCGAGAAGCAAGUGAAGACGGUGAGGUUCCAGAACCACAGCCCCCCGCCGCCCAAGCGGCACAGCCUGCAGCCCUCCCCGAGCCUGCCGCGCAGCAGGACGGAGCCGGCGGCCGCAGCGGAGGCUCUCCUGCCAGAAGCCAGCCUGCCGGGCCCCGAGCUCCUGGUGCUCUACUCGCCCAGGACCAGCUCCAGCCCCCUGCACCAGCGACGGGCGCUGCACCCGAAGGCGCUGUCGCUGGACCUCUCCGGGCAGCUGACCUUCCCUGUCAAGAAGAGCUACAGCAGCAUUUCUGCAAACUGACGGGGUAACUCCUCCGCCCGCUCGCCUUCGCGCGCCUGCUCCUCUCCUCCCUCCUGCGAGGGCUGAGCACCCCAGACCCCGCGCCAGCCUGCCGCCCCCACCGCUCCCCGCCCCGUGGCGAGGGGCAGGUGUUGCCCACGUCCCCACAUCCCCACGCCGCCGGCACCCUCAGGACCUGCAAGUCUGAGGCUUGCAGAGAGCUGGGGGAGCUCCCGAGGGAGCGGGACGGGCCAGGACAGCGUCCAUCCCCGCACGGGAGAGCCCCGUCCUGGCCCCUGCUGCCCGAGCGCGGCUGGAGGAGCCCCACUGCCCCAGGGCUGCGGCGAGAGACAUGAACGGCGUUUGCGGCAUCCACAAAACUGGUGUUCCUUGGUGUCGUGUAGGGCUGCCCGCGGGGCACCGGAGGAGGAGCAGGAGGGGGAAGAAAGGUGUGCACGUAUCAGAAAUAGUGAAACUUGUUUGGAUCUCCUCGCUGCUGCGGGAAAGCCCACAGGGAUCAAAACACUGGUUCAUUACCUUCCUGCUGCUGCAGGAUAAAGAAACCAUAACUCAAAAUCAGUCAGUUCCUAGCCGACGGUUCGUGUUGCCUUUUGAGGGGGGUUCACUCAGAUUUUUUGUUAGGUUGGUUGCUUGCUUGCUUUUUCUCUUUGGUUUUAGUCCAGGAGUUUUAACACAGAAUGCAGUUUAAAAGGUGACUUGGAGAGGAAAGGGACAAUGGAAAGGGACGUGCCAUUACCGCAGUCACUUAGACUCUGCAGACAGGGGUACUGAAUCUUGCUUCUCCUCAUUGCUUGGUUUCCUCUAAUUACCUGUCAGCUACCUCCCAGCAGUCCGUGAGCUCACUCCAGCUCCUUCCCCCCGCCCACCCACUCAGAUAUCGCUUCUGUAAAUAUCCCAAGUGGAAUUCACGGGUUUAACUCUACAUUAAGAUGCAUGAAACGCUGUCUACGUCACAGAAUUCAGCAUUCACCGUGCCGCAGACCACCCCCCUCUGCCACGGCAGCACCAGCUCGUUUCGGCUGUCCCCAUUUCAAGCAUCUCCUGUGAAUCCACAGAAAAGCAGGCAGAGCCGGAGGCUGUGCCCGGUUCGCCAGCUGGGGCUGCUCUCCAGCAAACCCGUGCACAACAGCUUUUGGGUUUCAUUGCUUUUAUUGCCGGUUUACAGACCAGCAAUUCCCAUCCUAGCCACAACCACCGACCGCUGGAUCUCCUAACCGCGGUAGCUGUGCUUCGUCCAAAACUGCUGUAAGAAUCACAUCCUCGGUUAAUCGCACACAAAACCCAUGAGAUUAACUCCACUGGUCAACAAAACUCUCCGAGGCACUGGCACAGCCUCAGAGAAGGAUGGUUUUUUCUGGAACUAAGAAAAGGGAAUGCAUAAAAUCAUUUACUACUCUACAGCCCCUGUUGUUCUACUCUUUCAGCUUUUUCUGUCUGUGGAGCAGGAAGCUGGCAUCUGCCCGCAGGGAUCUGCAGUAGCACGGAAGCCACCAGUGGCACAGAUGAGUUCUUCACCUUGUGCUCUCUGCCACUGUUUAAGCUCCUGCAGAAAGAUCCUGACAAGCUGAAAAUGUGCAGUUGCCCAGGUAUAAAAGGUGGCACAAGCUGCAAAUAACAGGGUGAACGUGACUCUCAGCAAUGCCACCUCAAAGGCAGCUGAACAUCUCAGAGAAGACGUGCCAGUUCUUUGCCGAAGACUCCUCUCAUCCCUUUAAGACCGAACCAGAAAACCUCGUACGCUGGCUCUAUAACCAAGAGCACCUCCGCUUCUCCCAAACACAUUCAGAAAUAAAUAGAAUUGCAUUAGGUACGUCCAGGACCAGCUCGGGUAGCAAUUUAUAGUGUCGGUUUGGACGGGAAGGAGGGGCUGCCUGCUCACGCCUGGCUCCGGAGGGGAUCACGCACUGCGUGCUAACGAGAGGACAGACGGCUUGGCGUGACCUGACCUGUAAUCCGCUGACGAAGCACCUAAUGCAUUUCAGCAGCUGACCUCCCACGAGGCUCACAGAAGACGGUGGCAUGGGUGGUUGGAACUACGCGAGAAUUAAUUACGCAGAUGGAAAUGCUGGCAAAGAAGGAGCAGUAGGAAACGUGAAGCCCAGUGAAUACAUGGCAGGGACAGAGCGUGUAGGGAAGGAAGGGGAAUUUCUGCGUUUUACUGCCCCAAACACCAGCAUCCUCACCUUGCGCCACUAUCACAGAGCCAAGGUCUAACGGGACUGCCCGGGUCGUGCUGUUUGCUGAGCAGGGUGACGCGGCUGGGGCAGCUGGGCCGUGCCCUGGGGGGGACGGGCCGAUCCCUGCACACACACCGCAGCUGAUGCCGAUCCCGAGGUUUUACACCCUGCAGCGAGAGGCAGCCGGAGCCCCCCCGGCCCCAGCAGAGCUCGGGGUCCCCAGAGAGCCCGGAACGAGAGGAUGAGCCAGGGACUCUGCUGCGGCUCCGAUCAAAGAUCUUCCCUUGUUAUCGGCAAUUAACCCUGCCCUGCGAGACCCCGGAGCCUGUUUCAUCAGGAGCUCAGAAGGAGCGUUCCUCGAGGCCAGGGAGCGCAUCAAUAACUGCUGACGCUCAGGAGGGAGCUCAGCGCAGUCUGCAUGCAGAGAGGCAUUUGAAGAUGAGGGGCAAAAAGGAAAGAGCGAACCAUAACUCACCAGGGGCUUCAGACAGAUGUACGCUGAAGUAAGUCACCUUGUAAGUUUGAUCUACAAGUGGGGCAGGUUUUCCCACGAGAGGCAGGCGUGCGAGGCCAAAGGAAGAAUGCAAAGUUCAGUUUGGGGCUGCAAAACGCAAAGCUUGGAGAGCAAGAGACAGCAGUGACUGCAGGUCCGCUUCUCACGCCUGGGCCCUGCCACCGAAGCCCAGAUACGAGGAGAGACAGCCCCUCCUUUGGCCCGAUUUAUCGGGCGUGCUAAGCUUCAGGGGACACCAAGAGCAGCAGCAGAAGCCAGAGGUGCUCAGCGUGCCUUAAGGCUGGACAAGCCAUAGAGUCUUUCUGCACAUCUGGGCUCACAACAGCUGGAUACCGCUCACAUUACCAGGUCAGAACAUCGCCUUGCAUGGAGCAAAGCCACCCUCUUACCCUCUCGUAUCAAGACAAACAGCAAUAAGGAUUCACAGCACCCAUGCACACAGGGAAGCCUGCAAAACCGUUCAGCCCGUUGCACAACAGUCACGUCCGAAGACAAACACACCAAAAAGCACCACAGAUCUCUCCUGGCCUUGGCCCUUGACCCGCUGCACUAUGACAACAAGUGACAGCAGCGGGCUGAUGGGGACAGAGAGAGCUCUGACACUCGUGCGCACACACGGUCACGGGUAACGGCAGGGAAAGGAAGCACUGACAGCGAAACUGGUGCUUUGGUAAAAGAGCAGGCAGCUAUUUUGGGACUGAUCUCUCAGUUUCUUGCACAGGAUAUUUCAGUGCUUUGAUGCUAUGGUGAUAAGUGCCCUAAAUAUAUUCAAAAUAUGUAGGGAGAGAGAAUGAAACCAAGACAUAUUUUAAAGCAACAGCUCUAACAAGCGCCUUGCUCCCACAGACGUACCUGCCCGCUGGUUUCAUACUGCGGCCCGCUGAGCAAAAUCGCUCAGUGCUCCUCGCCUUCCCCACCCCUCCCCUGGCAACACCCUGGAGGAAGCAUCCGGACGGCGUUACUUCACCAGGAACAUCCCAAGGAAGAGGGACUAGAGCUCAGACCUUUUUCUUCCAAAAGCCCAGGCUAAAGCAGGACCACCUGGAGCCAGCCUGGAGCAUUGGCACGAGCCCCGAGCCAGGCAGUGCCCAACAAGUGGCCCUUGCCCACACGGAGAAGCUGAUCACGCUGGGGAAGACACCGACGGGGUCUGUCUGGGAACACUUCUUUAAGUGCACCAGACUGAAAACAUCUGUUCUGGAACAAUCACUCCAACCACCUUUCCUCUGCAAGCGGAAUCACCACACUGCGUUCUUGGAGCAUGAGCAAACUUCACGUUUUUUGUUCCUGCUGACCUGAAGCACACUGCAUUUUCCAUGAGGAUCUGCUCCAAACCCCUGUCCCUCUCUGGCUGCUGUCAUCCAAUUUUUGUUUGGGUUUUUGUUUGGGGUUUUUUUGUUUGUUUGAAUUGGGUAGCAAUGAAAAGGGAGGCAUCACAUGUUGGCAGGAGGGUGGUGGCUUUACACAGAGGUGGGCGAGCUCUUCAAGGGUUUCUGUUCUUUUUAGAUACAUAUUUCACUUCCCUCGUGUCUUCCCACCCUCCAGACUCUCUUCAGCCCAUUUCCCAGCGAGGAGAGGUUAGACAGCAGCACUGGGACCCUGUUUUGUGGUUCCCGAGUUGGCCAGGAGGGCGGAAGGCCACCCCUUUGCCCCCAGGGAUGUGUCUCAGCGGUACGGAGAGGCUGCUCCCAGCCCUGUUUUACCACAAACCAUCACACGAAGCACAGAGUGCAAAGAAAACAACGUUAGGAAAGGCAAAACACAGUUGCAGCUGUACUGCAGCGUGAUGCAUUUCUGUAACGAAAAUUCACGGUUCUCUGCCUACCCGGCCGAAGGUGCAGGCAGGCUGAUCUGGGCUCUGAGCACCCGGAGCAUCGCGUUCGGCAGCAGAGCGCGGGAAAGGAGCUCUGGAAAAGCGCGUAAAGCGGCACAUGGGGAUGGAGGGACCAUUAAUGUACCUCUCAAGUUCUGGAAUUGGGCUUAUUUUCUAUCUGCUCAUUCCUUAUGAUUAGUUAAUGAAUUGGAGCCCGUUUCAGAUCAUUCAUCAGCUCAGCUUUAAUUGCCUGCCUAGCCUGGCAGAAACCUUGGAGCGCUUCAGUAAGUGACCUACCCCCCGAGCUUGAACCGCAGUCACGUUUCCUGACAAAUUAUGAGCAGAGGCAGCAGAGGUAAGAAAACAUAACAUUAACCAACUCCGUCCACAUCCUUCAUGCGGAGGAGGCCUCCCUGCCCCAGCCAGAAGCAUCCACUUGCCACAAGGAAGGUCGAAGUGACGACGUUCCGUCUCAGGAGGGAAUUCUGCAAGGCCAUUUCAGAUGGCAAUGGCUGCUGCACCGCUGGCAGACCGCUCCCCAGGAGCCCGAGAGCCGCAGCCGGGCUGGGGUCCACAGAAGGUCCCCUGGGAUCAGUCCCUGCUCCGUGACCAGAGGAUCUGGUGAUCCCUUGGUCAGAAAACUCGAGUCACGCAGGAGGCGGCUGUGGGCACGCAAAGCCUUCGGCGUGGCGCCUGGCGGGGGGCCGCCGGCAGCUGCUCUGCCCGCAGCGGGGGACGGCCAGGCUGGGGCUGGACCGGGGCUCCGGCAGCUCCAGACACCCGCGGAGAGGAGGGUGCUGGGGUGGCUCCGGAACCAGGAGAGACCCUGCCUGGCUGUGAUUUCUAUUCGUCUUCCAGUCGCUGAGCCUUCGCAGUCAUUCUCAAGAGGUUUUCCCCAUGGCCACAAGGCUCCUCUUUUCAUGUGGAAGUCAAGGGGAUUUUUUUUUUAUUUUUUUUUUAACAUGACCUCAUGGUUCCAAGAACCUGGUGCGUUAGAAAAAGUAUCCUAAUGCUGAUAAGCUAGUGAAUGACCACAGUGUGCAGGACACCAGGUAUUUGCUUCUUCCACUCUCCCAACAACCCUGCUCUCCCCUUGGGAAAGGUCCAUUUUCUAAAACUAGCAUUAGAAAAACACCUUUAAGGUUGUAGCACAUUCAGGCUUCUAAUCCACGCUGUGUUCUUAGUCACCAGGUGUUGUAAUGAACACUUAUUUCCAAGCAUUUUAUUUCCUGACUCCAUCCUGUUCAAUUUUUCAUAAGCCACCAAAGCAAAACUGUUCAAACACUGAGCAUCUCCUCUAGAUGCAGAAAACCCAAGAAAUUAGUUUGAGAAAAAGAAGCCUGAGAGAAUAAGCAGCCUUUACUGAAGAGCCCGCAGCGGCAGGAGGGGUGGCCCAUCGCCCCAGCCCUCCUCCAUCCCCAGCUCUAGGGAGGAGGAAUGCAAACGUUGGCCCCCAAACAUUUAAGCUGGAAGCACCAGAGCAGCCCAGGAACGUGUAAGUUCAUGUGUACGUUUAUCAUUAUUUUAGGAGGUUUAUUCGUUGUCCAAUAGUUAUGGCAGUUCAUUUCUGCAACUACAUGUUUUAAGUGUAAUAAGAGCGAUAGGCUUUCAGUUUUUCAGGUUUUUUGCCUUAAGUCUCAGUAUAAAAAGAGUCCCCAUUUAAAAAGUAACAUUUCAAAAUAUUCAUAAGAUCAGUGUUUAGAACCCAAAACCGUCCAGGUGAAGCGGCGGGGACUUACCAGCAAGGUCAGCG